CUUUGUUCUUAUACAACGGGACCAUUGUACUCCACCUCCACUCUUCGGGCAUCCUGAGUUUGCGAACUACAAAUUCAAAGAGCUAAAACUCGUGAUUACAGACAGGUCAAAAUGGAUUCACUUAUCAGAAAAUAAAAAGCAUAUUAGAGACAGUCCAAUAUGGGAAAAAAAGACUCAGCUAUGGCCCAUGGAAAGACACCCAACCUUUAACAUGGUAUAGCAUGGUGAAGGCAAGGGAUACUUUAAAAGAUGCCGGAGGAGGGAAUCUUUUCCUCAUUUGUGGUGUGGGACUCUUAUUAGCCCCUUUCAUAAUUGCAUUGCACAGAAACAUUGAGAAACGAGAAUUACUUGCAUUAGUUAAUUUGUCUCUCUUUUUAUGAUCUUGCUACCUUCACAUUGGCUGUAAUUUCUGUUAGCUUAUUUAGAAGACCAAGUUGGAUUUAAAUAUAUAUGUUCUGUUCUUUUCUUUGACGCUGUCACGAUUCUCUGGAAAGUAUGGAUUUUUCUAAUAUUAUCACUCUCACUCUCAAUCAGUUUGUUAAUGAAAAUUACGGAGCUCGGCCAUGAUUUUCUAAUUUUAUUGUGUGGUUUAUUAUUUGUUGAAAGAACAGAACAGAAUGACAAACCUACUUCUUAAACUUGUUUUGAGAUUGUUCUCAGCAUAUCUUGAAAAAUAGAAGCAACAACAACAAACUCAGAGGGUAGCGUGUACGCAGACCUUACCCCCUACCUUCAAGAAGGUAGAGAGGCUGUUUCCGGUAGACUCUCAGCUUAGGAAAGUUAAAAGGAAGUGCAACAACAAGCACUAAGUUAUGUACUAAAGCAACAACAAAGUAAUGAUAGAAGUCAAGAAAUACGAAAAUACACAAAUGACACUAAGUUAUGUACUAAAGCUACUGUAACAAACAAGGACAAGGCUCGGCUACCUAACCCUUGACCUUUAUACUCAACCUCCAUACCUUCCUAUCUAUGGUCAUGUCCUCGGUAAGCUGGAGCAACGCCAUAUCUUGCCUAAUCACCUCUCCCCAAUACUUAUUCGGCCUGCCUCUACCUCUCCUUAUGCCCUCCAAGGCCAACCUCUCACAUCUCCUCACCGGUGCAUCUGUAUCUCUGCUCUUCACAUGCUCGAAUUAUCUAAGUCUCGUCUUCCGCAUCUUGUCCUCCACAGGGGCCAUGACCACCUUGUUCCGAAUAACUUCAUUUCUAAUUCUAUCUAACCUGGUAUGCCCGCAAAUUUAUCUCAACAUACUCAUUUCAGCCACCUUCAUCUUUUGGACAUGAGAGUUCUUGACUGGCCAACACUCUGCCCCAUACAACAUAGUCGGUUGACCAUCGUUCGAUAGAACUUACCUUUAAGUUUUGGUGGCACAUUUUUAUCACACAAAACACCGGAAGCGAGCCUCCAUUUUAUCCACCUCGCCCCAAUACAAUGUGUAACAUUCUCGUUGAUCUCUCCAUUCCCUUGUAUAAUUGACCCAAGAUAUUUAAAACUUUCUCUCCUAGGGAUGACUUGAGAAUUAAGCCUCACGUCUUCGUCCACUACCUGAGUCGCCCCAUUGAACUUGCACUCCAAGUAUUCUGUCUUGGUCCUGCUCAACUUGAAAUCUUUAGACUCCAGAGUCUGCCUCCAAACCUCUAACCUUUCGGUAACUCUGUUUUGCGUCUUGUCGAUCAGUACAAUUUCAUCUGCCAAUAACAUGCACCACGACAACUUCUCUUAAAUGUGGCACGUCAGUGCGUCGAUCGCCGGGGCAGAUAGAAAUGGGCUGAGGGCUGACCCUUGGUGCAACCCUAUCACAACUCGGAAGUGUUCCAAGUCCCCUCUCACUGUCCUCACUCGAGUAUUAGCUCCAUCAUACAUGUACUUAAUAGCCCUAAUGUAUGCAACAGGAACACCUCUAGCCUCCAAACAUCUCCAAAAAACCUUCCUUGGCACUUUAUCAUAAGCCUUUUCUAAGUCGAUGAACCGUAAAUCCCUCUUCCUCUCCCUAUACUGCUCCAUCAACCUCUUAAUAAGAUGAAUAGCUUCCGUAGUCAAACGUCCCGCCUUAUAUCCGAAAUCUUGAAAAAUAGAAGGUAAAGAUCUAUUUAAAUGUGGGUCAACAGCAAACUUAUUUAGUCAAGUUGUUUUCAUUUGGCAUUUUUUAAUGUCCUUUACCUUUUAUCUUUUGAGGUGAAGUGGAAUUAAUGAUGUGACUGGAGAAAACAAGAGAAAGAUUGGGAGAAUGCGGGAAGACAAAUAUCUUGAAUUGCACAAUCGUUGACGCAAUGUAGGGUAGUAAUACAUAUAAUAUUACAUCCACUCAUAUGUGAUAAUUCUUAACUAUUCUAAUAGUGAUGAUUGUAGAAAGAGACCCAUUAGGCUGUAGCGAGAGCAUAAGUUAUUGCAUGAGGGACAAAGACAAGUGGGACGGCAAAAGAAAGAAAAGAAAAAGGAAUGCUCUUUUCCAAAAAAAGAAAAAGGAGUGCGCUGAAGUGGAAGGAUCAGUAUCUAUAGUGAAUCUCUUGUUUUAACAGAACUGAUCAUUGAACAGUUGCUUUGGCUAGAAUUUGUAACUGAAACCCUUUUAUGCUGAGAUGGCCGGUAUGGUUAGUAUUAUGCUGCUUGCUUUAAAUUAAUUUGAUACUAAUCCUCUUUGUCUUCCUUCUUUUUGUUCAUCUACAGACACAUGGUCUUGCUGAAUACAUUGCACAGGAGGAGAUGGAACGGAAAAAUGGGUACUGGUGGUCGCUUGACAGCAAAUAUAUAGCAUUCACACAGGUUGAUUCAUCUGGUAUACCUCUAUUCAGAAUUAUGCAUCAAGGUAAUAGUUCCAUUGGUCCUCAGGCGGAGGAAGACCAUGCUUACCCUUUUGCCGGAGGGGCAAAUGUCAAAGUUCGCCUGGGAGUGGUUCCAACUAAUGGAGGUCAAAUAACUUGGAUGGAUCUUCUGUGUGGUGAAAAGGACAAAGAAAACGAGGAGGAAUAUUUGGGCAGAGUGAAUUGGAUGCAUGGAAGUAUUCUGACUGCACAGGUCAUGAAUCGAUCACAUUCCAAACUGAAAAUUCUUAAGUUUGAUAUCAAGACGGGGCAAAGGAAUGUAUUAUUGGUUGAAGAACAUGAUACAUGGAUCAAUCUUCACGAUUGUUUUGUACCUUUGGACAAAGGACUCAACAGAACUAAUGGUGCAUUUAUUUGGGCUAGCGAGAAAACAGGGUUCAGACAUUUGUAUCUCCAUGACACAAAUGGAGUGUGUUUGGGACCUAUAACACAAGGUGAUUGGCUGGUUGAACAAGUUGCUGGUGUAAAUGAAGUUACUGGCCUUGUAUAUUUUACAGGAACAUUAGAUGGGCCUUUGGAAUCUCACCUUUACUGUGCUAAAUUGUUCCCAGAUGCUAACAGUCCAUUGCAGUCCCCUUUGAGAUUGACUAAUGGACGUGGCAAGCAUGCUGUUGUGCUUGAUCACCAAAUGCAAAGAUUCAUAGAUAUCCAUGAUUCCUUGGUCUCACCACCCAGAAUUUCACUCUGCUCCUUGCAUGACGGAAGCUUAAUUAUGCAUCUAUUUGAUCAACCAGUCAGUGUUCCACGGUUCAGAAAACUCCAUCUUGAAUCUCCAGAAAUAAUUCAGAUACAGGCCCAGGAUGGAACUGCUUUAUAUGGGCAAUUAUACAAGCCGGAUCCAAUGAAGUUUGGACCUCCUCCAUACAGAACUAUGAUUGAAGUCUAUGGUGGUCCAAGUGUACAGCUUGUGUGCGACUCGUGGACGAACACUGUCGACAUGAGAGCUCAGUAUCUAAGAAGCAAAGGCAUCUUAGUUUGGAAGAUGGACAAUAGAGGCACUGCUCGACGAGGACUCUUGUUCGAGGGUGCACUCAAAUAUAACUGUGGCCUCGUUGAUGCUGAGGAUCAACUGACAGGAGCUGAGUGGCUCCUGAAACAAGGGCUCGCAAAACAAGGCCACAUCGGAUUGUAUGGAUGGAGCUACGGUGGGUAUCUCUCAGCUAUGACAUUGGCAAGGUUUCCUGAGGUAUUCAAAUGUGCUGUGUCUGGUGCCCCUGUAACAUCGUGGGCCGGAUAUGAUACAUUUUACACAGAAAAGUAUAUGGGCCUACCAUCCGAAAAUCCAUCAGGCUAUCGAGAGAGCUCUGUAAUGCACCAUGUAAACAAGAUCAAAGGGAAGCUGUUACUCGUGCAUGGCAUGAUUGAUGAAAAUGUGCAUUUUAGGCACACGGCUAGGCUUAUUAAUGCGCUCGUGGCAGCCGGAAAGACUUAUGAGUUGUUAAUAUUCCCGGAUGAGCGUCACAUGCCUCGGAGAACGAGAGACCGUAUAUACAUGGAAGAGAGAAUUUGGGAAUUCAUUCAGAGGAACUUGUGAGUGGCCUUUUCAUUGUUCUAGUAUACAGUUAAGGUCUUGACUCUCGGGGUAGAGAAGUUUAGGCGGCUCAUUUCAGUUUACAGCAUGUUUCAAUUUACUAUAAAAGAAGUUGUACUAUUCUCUGAUAAAACUAGAGAAAAAGGUAGCAGGCUAAUAAAAGUUGUUUGUGCAACUGAUCUCUGUAAUAGCUGCCAUGUACCAUAAGCUUACCAGAUGUACAAAAAUAAUGCAACACUCCUCUUCCUGAGGAGAAAUUUGGUUUUUAUUUACCAUCUCUGCCGCUGA